GAUGAAGAACCCGGCGGAGCGGACCGCGCAGGAUCUGGAAAUAGUGUAUUCCUAUUUACAUGGCAUGGAAGCCUUAUCAAACCUGAGGGAACAUCAACUUAGGUUAAUGUGUGAAACUGUGAGAUAUGAAAGACAUGAAGCAAAUGAAGUUUUAUACUAUCCUGAUGACAUUGGGACCUGCUGGUAUAUCCUUCUGUCUGGCUCCGUGUUCAUUAAGGAAUCCAUGUUUCUUCCAAGAAGCAGUUUUGGCAAGCGCUCUGCAGGAAGCUUUAGGCGUGGCUGUGAAUGCAUUGUUUUGGAGCCUUCUGAAAUGAUCGUGGUGGACUAUAUGGAUGAAAAUGAAGAAUAUUUUCAGCGUCAAGCUUCUCAUCGACAGUCUCGAAGGAGAUUUAGAAAAAUUAACCAGAAAGGUGAAAGGCAAACAAUUAUUGACACCGUGGACCCUUAUCCUGUGGGUAAACCACCGUUGCCUCGAGGCUACCACACGGAAUGCACUAAAUCUCAGCUUCCUGCAGAUUUCACAAAACUACACCUCACUGAUAGUCUCCACCCACAGGUGACCCACGUUUCUUCCAGCCACUCAGGAUGUAGUAUCACUAGUGAUUCUGGAAGCAGCAGUCUUUCUGAUAUAUACCAGGCCACAGAAAGUGAGGCCGGUGAUAUGGACCUGAGUGGGUUGCCGGAAACAGCAGUGGAUUCCGAGGACGACGAUGAUGAAGAAGACAUCGAGAGGGCGUCGGACCCUCUGAUGAGCAGGGACAUUGUGCGAGACUGCCUGGAGAAGGACCCCAUUGACAGGACAGAUGAUGACAUUGAACAACUCUUGGAAUUUAUGCACCAGUUGCCUGCCUUUGCCAAUAUGACAAUGUCGGUGAGACGAGAACUCUGUGCUGUAAUGGUAUUUGCAGUGGUGGAAAGAGCCGGGACCAUAGUGUUAAAUGACGGUGAAGAGCUGGAUUCCUGGUCAGUGAUUCUGAAUGGUUCUGUAGAAGUGACUUAUCCAGAUGGAAAAGCAGAAAUAUUAUGCAUGGGAAAUAGUUUUGGUGUCUCUCCUACUAUGGACAAAGAAUAUAUGAAAGGAGUAAUGAGAACAAAGGUGGAUGACUGCCAGUUUGUCUGCAUAGCCCAGCAAGAUUAUUGCCGUAUUCUCAACCAAGUAGAAAAGAACAUGCAAAAGGUGGAGGAGGAAGGAGAAAUUGUUAUGGUGAAAGAACACCGAGAACUUGAUCGAACUGGAACAAGAAAGGGACACAUUGUCAUCAAGGGCACCUCAGAAAGAUUAACAAUGCAUUUGGUGGAAGAGCAUUCGGUGGUGGACCCAACGUUCAUAGAAGACUUCCUGUUGACCUACAGGACUUUUCUUUCUAGCCCAAUGGAAGUGGGCAAAAAGUUAUUGGAGUGGUUCAAUGACCCGAGCCUCAGGGAUAAGGUUACACGGGUAGUAUUAUUGUGGGUAAAUAAUCACUUCAAUGACUUUGAAGGAGACCCUGCGAUGGCUCGAUUUCUAGAAGAAUUUGAAAAUAACCUGGAAAGAGAGAAAAUGGGUGGACAUCUAAGGCUGUUAAAUAUUGCAUGUGCAGCUAAAGCAAAAAGAAGGUUGAUGACAUUAACAAAACCAUCCCGAGAAGCUCCUUUGCCUUUUAUUUUACUUGGAGGCUCAGAGAAGGGAUUUGGGAUCUUUGUGGACAGUGUCGAUUCAGGGAGCAAAGCAACUGAGGCAGGCUUGAAACGAGGGGAUCAGAUAUUAGAAGUAAAUGGUCAAAACUUUGAAAAUAUUCAGCUGUCAAAAGCCAUGGAAAUUCUUAGAAAUAACACACAUUUAUCUAUCACUGUGAAAACCAAUUUAUUUGUAUUUAAAGAACUUCUAACAAGAUUGUCAGAAGAGAAAAGAAAUGGUGCCCCUCACCUUCCUAAAAUUGGAGAUAUCAAAAAGGCCAGUCGCUACUCCAUUCCAGAUCUUGCUGUAGAUGUAGAACAGGUGAUAGGACUUGAAAAGGUAAAUAAAAAAAGUAAAGCCAAUACCGUUGGAGGAAGGAACAAGCUAAAGAAGAUACUUGACAAGACUCGGAUCAGCAUCUUGCCACAGAAACCAUAUAAUGAUAUUGGGAUUGGUCAAUCUCAAGAUGACAGCAUAGUAGGAUUAAGGCAGACAAAGCAUAUCCCAACUGCAUUGCCUGUCAGUGGAACCUUGUCAUCCAGUAAUCCUGAUUUAUUGCAGUCACAUCACCGCAUUUUAGACUUCAGUACCACUCCUGACUUGCCAGAUCAAGUGUUAAGGGUUUUUAAGGCUGAUCAGCAAAGCCGAUACAUCAUGAUCAGCAAGGACACCACGGCAAAGGAAGUGGUCAUUCAGGCCAUCAGGGAGUUUGCAGUGACUGCCACUCCAGAUCAAUAUUCGCUAUGUGAGGUCUCCGUCACACCUGAGGGGGUAAUCAAACAAAGAAGGCUUCCAGAUCAGCUUUCCAAACUUGCUGAUAGGAUACAGCUGAGUGGGAGGUACUACUUGAAAAACAACAUGGAAACGGAAACCCUGUGCUCAGACGAGGACGCGCAGGAGCUGCUGAGGGAGAGCCAGAUCUCCCUGCUGCAGCUCAGCACCGUGGAGGUGGCCACGCAGCUCUCCAUGCGCAACUUCGAGCUCUUCCGCAACAUUGAACCCACGGAGUAUAUAGACGAUUUAUUUAAGCUGAAAUCCAAAGCCAGCUGUGCCAACCUGAAGAGAUUUGAAGAAGUCAUUAACCAGGAAACAUUUUGGGUAGCGUCUGAAAUUCUGAGAGAGACAAACCAGCUGAAGAGAAUGAAGAUCAUUAAGCAUUUCAUCAAGAUCGCUCUGCACUGUAGGGAAUGCAAGAAUUUUAACUCAAUGUUUGCAAUCAUCAGUGGCCUAAACCUGGCACCAGUUGCAAGAUUGCGAACCACCUGGGAAAAACUUCCCAAUAAAUAUGAAAAGCUAUUUCAAGAUCUCCAAGACCUAUUUGAUCCUUCCAGAAACAUGGCAAAAUAUCGCAAUGUCCUCAAUAGUCAAAACCUGCAGCCUCCCAUAAUCCCUCUCUUCCCAGUUAUCAAGAAGGAUCUCACGUUCCUUCAUGAAGGAAAUGACUCGAAAGUUGACGGGCUUGUCAAUUUUGAGAAGCUAAGGAUGAUUGCAAAAGAAAUUCGUCAUGUUGGCCGAAUGGCUUCGGUUAACAUGGACCCUGCCCUCAUGUUCCGGACUCGGAAGAAGAAGUGGAGGAGUCUGGGGUCCCUCAGCCAGGGUAGUACAAACGCAACGGUGCUAGACGUUGCUCAGACAGGUGGUCAUAAAAAGCGCGUGCGCCGUAGUUCCUUUCUCAAUGCCAAAAAGCUCUACGAAGAUGCCCAGAUGGCUCGCAAAGUGAAGCAGUACCUGUCCAACUUGGAGUUAGAGAUGGAUGAGGAGAGCCUUCAGACACUGUCCCUGCAGUGUGAGCCAGCCACCAACACGCUGCCUAAGAAUCCUGGUGACAAAAAGCCUGUCAAAACUGAGACCUCCCCGGUGGCCCCGAGGGCAGGGUCACAGCAGAAAGCCCAGCCCCAGCCCCAGCCCCAGCCGCCACAACCACCACAUAAAGCCAACCAAGGGCUGCAGGUCCCCGCUGUGUCCCUCUAUCCUUCACGAAAGAAGGUGCCCGUGAAGGACCUUCCACCCUUCGGCAUCAACUCUCCACAAGCUUUAAAGAAAAUUCUUUCUUUGUCUGAAGAAGGCAGUCUGGAGCGUCACAAGAAACAAGCAGAAGAUACGAUAUCAAAUGCAUCUUCACAGCUUUCUUCUCCUCCCACUUCUCCUCAAAGUUCUCCAAGGAAAGGUGGCAGUGGCAAUCAGCUGAGAUCUUUUGGCUCCGGGCAGUUGGACUUAACCAGUUCCUCCUCUUCUCUUGGAAGUGAGAACAGUAACAAGAAUAACAAUGCACCUCGGACCUAUGGGAUAGGCUACACCCUGGCUCCCAGCGGUACUGUGGAUAAUUUUUCAGAUUCUGGUCACAGUGAAAUUUCUUCACGAUCCAGCAUUGUCAGCAAUUCUUCCUUUGACUCGGUGCCGGUCUCGCUGCAUGAUGAGAGGCGCCAGAGGCAUUCUGUCAGCAUCGUGGAAGCAAACCUAGGCGUGAGCAGGACGGAGAGGAGGACCCCGAUUGAGCCCGACCAGUACAGCUUAGGGUCCUACGCACCAGUGUCCGAGAGUCGGGGCUUAUACGCUACAGCGACAGUAAUUUCUUCUCCAAGCACAGAGGAGCUGUCCCAAGACCAGGGGGAUCGCGCUUCACUCGAUGCUGCCGACAGUGGCCGUGGGAGUUGGACCUCGUGCUCAAGUGGUUCCCAUGAUAAUAUACAGACCAUCCAGCACCAGAGAAGCUGGGAGACACUUCCAUUAGGGCACACUCACUUUGAUUAUUCAGGAGAUCCUGCAAGUGUAUGGGCCUCAAGCAGCCAUAUGGACCAAAUCAUGUUUUCUGAUCAUAGCACAAAAUAUAACAGGCAAAAUCAAAGUAGAGAGAGUCUUGAACAAGCCCAGUCUCGGGCAAGCUGGGCCUCUUCCACAGGCUACUGGGGAGAAGACUCAGAAGGUGACACAGGGACAAUAAAGCGAAGGGGUGGCAAAGAUGUUUCCAUUGAAGCCGAAAGCAGCAGCAUGCCGUCUGUGACCACAGAGGAAACCAAGCCUGUCCCCAUGCCUGCCCAUAUAGCUGUGACAUCAACUACUGCAAAGGGACUUAUUGCGCGAAAGGAGGGCAGGUAUCGAGAGCCCCCGCCCACCCCUCCAGGCUACAUCGGAAUCCCCAUCACCGACUUCCCAGAAGGACAUCCCCAUCCCGCCAGGAAGCCCCCGGACUACAACGUGGCGCUGCAGCGAUCCCGGAUGCUGGCCCGGCCCUCGGACCCCCAGUGGCACAAGCCCAGCGAGUGCGACCCGCGCCUCGCCCCCUAUCAGACCCAGGGGUUUUCCACCGAGGAGGACGAAGAUGAACAAGUAUCUGCUGUUUGAGGCACAGGCUUUUCUGGAUCCAGAGUGAGCCACCUGCAAGGAGAGCACAAGAAGACGUCCCUAGCAUCGGAGCCUUGGAACUCACAUUCUGAGGAUGGUGGACCAGUUUGCCUCCUUCCCUGCCUUAAAAGCAGCAUGGGGCUUCUUCUCCCCUUCUUCCUUUCCCCUUUGCAUGUGAAAUACUGUGAAGAAAUUGCCCUGGCACUUUUCAGACUUUGUUGCUUGAAAUGCACAGUGCAGCAAUCUUCAAGUUCCCACUGUUGCUGCCUGCCACAUCACACAGUAUCAUUCCAAAUUCCAAGAUCAUCACAACAAGAUGAUUCACCCUGGCUGCACUUCUCAAUGCCUGGAAGGAUUUUUUUAAAUCUUCCUUUUAGAUUUCAAUCCAGUCCUAGCACUUGGUCUCAUUGUGGUAAUGAGAAAAGCUAGCCAUUGAACUUCUCGGGGCCUUUAACCCACCAAGGAAGACAAAGGAAAACAAUGAAAUCCUUUGAGUACAGUGCUUGUCCACUUGUUUACAAUGUCCUCCUUUCUUUUUUUCUUUUUUUUUUUAAAUGAAUUUAAAGAUUGUGUUCAGAGAGUAAAUGUUAUAUCCAUUUAAUAAGUACAGUAUUAUUUUGAACCUUUAAGUAGGGUUGUUGCCAGCCUGGGUUUCUAAAAAACCAAAUAUGCCGGACAGGGUGUGGUCACACCAAGAAGAAGGGAAGACCUGGCUUGUGACCCUGUCUUCCCGUGUCCUUCAGGCCUCACCUGUGAAGUGCCCUAUCCUGGAGAAGUAUAAACUGUUAGCCAAUUACUCAGAUACCGAGACACCCAUCCACUCCUUCCCCAGUGGGUGGGGUUCUUCUGUAAAACUGUUUGCACAUGGCCAGGGGAGGGAAAUGGGACUCUUGUGUCCUGUGUCUGAGCCUUAUGGAGUGCAGGACAGUGUCAUUUGAGGGUGUGUCCUGCUCCAUUGAGAUGGAUGGCAAACCCCUUUUUUUAUUUUUAAGUUAUGUUUCUUUGAUUUUUGUUAAUUUAGUUUUAGGGAUUUUCCUUUGUUUUUCAAGAGAAACGUUUAUAACUGGAUAGCAUUGCAGUGAAAGCAGCUUGGGAUGUUGGAGCUAAUGCCAGCUGUUAAUACUGCUCUUUCAGGACAGCCUCCUUUUACUGAAUUGGCAUUAGGGAAUAAACAAGCCUUUAACAUGGUCAAAGAUCAAAAGAUCCAAAACCUGGUGAGAUGCGCCAGCCUUUGCCAGGUGGGUUAGUCACCAAAGACUAGCCUGGAAGUGGCUUAAUGGACGGAUGGGUAGAGAAGACCUAAGUGUAGCAACCACCUGCUCACAGCUGCUAUUAACCCUAUAAUGACUGAAAUGACCCCUCCACUCUAUAUUUUUGUGUUGUUUUUGCACAGACUCCGGAAAAGUGAAGGCUGCCAAUCCGAGUAGUACUCAAAUGUGAGGAACUGCUGGUCUUGGAUUUUUUUUCCAUUAAAUUCAGCUGAUCAUAUUGAUCAGUAGAUAAACGUAAAUAGCUUCAAAUUUUAAAAAAGUCGAAAUGCAGUGUUUUUUCACUGUAUCAAACAAUGUCAGUGCUUUAUUUAAUAAUUCUCUUCUGUCUCAUGGCAUUUGUCUACUUGCUUAUAUAUUACAUUGUCAAUUAAGCAUUUGUAAUUUUACAUGUAAUAUGCAUUAUUUGCCAGUUUUAUUAUAUAGGCUAUGGACCUCAUGUGCAUAUAGAAAGACAGAAAUCUAGCUCUACCACAAGUUGCACAAAUGUUAUCUAAGCAUUAAGUAAUUGUAGAACAUAGGACUGCUAAUCUCAGUUCGCUCUGUGAUGUCACGUGCAGAAUGUACAAUUAACUGGUGAUUUCCUCAUACUUUUGAUACUACUUGUACCUGUAUGUCUUUUAGAAAGACAUUGGUGGAGUCUGUAUCCCUUUUGUAUUUUUAAUACAAUAAUUGUACAUAUUGGUUAUAUUUUUGUUGAAGAUGGUAGAAAUGUACUAUGUUUAUGCUUCUACAUCCAGUUUGUAUAAGCUGGAAAAUAAAUAAAUAUAACAUAAA